AUGGAAGCUGUUAUUCGAGAAGCGCCAAUGGGGCAGUUGGUCCGAUUUCUGACUAAAAAUAAAUACCUUCAAUAUCCCGAAGAGAAGCCUGGCUUCGAACUCCCCGAGCCAUGGAUUCAAAUGAUGCAGAGCCUCGAGGCUACCAAGAGCAAGCCCGAGAAUCCUGAGCCUCAAGAGGGAAGACAUAACUCAGGCCAAAGCGAUGCUAUCAGCCAUUCCUCGACUCUACAUGAGGAUUCUGAAAUGAAUGCACAGGAUCUUGAGAAAGUCAAGUCUACUCCGAUCACCCCCAAGAAGACAAAAGAUGGGGCGAUUUUGGUGGAUUGGUACUACACCGAUGACGACGAGAACCCUCAUAAUUGGUCUAAUUUAAAGCGUGCACUACUUACGACGAUCAUUUGUCUAUACACAUUUGUCGUUUAUACAACAUCGGCCAUCUACACCGCGUCGGAGCUGGGUAUCAUGAAGGAGUUUGGAGUCAGCGAGAUUGUUGCCACGCUAGGUCUCUCGAUAUACGUUCUUGGAUACGGUACUGGGCCUUUGAUCUUCUCCCCCUUAAGUGAGAUCCCUAUUAUUGGACGAAACCCCGUGUACAUUAUAACCAUGUUCCUCUUUGUCAUCAUCUCCAUUCCGACGGCUUUUGUUGGCAAUUUCCCUGGUUUGAUUGUUCUACGUUUUCUUCAAGGAUUCUUCGGCUCUCCAUGUCUUGCAUCAGGAGGUGCCUCAAUUGGUGACAUGUACAGUCUGAAUGCUCUGCCAUAUGCUAUGAUGGCAUGGGUUGCUGCGGCAUACUGUGGACCUGCCCUGGGUCCUCUUCUCAGUGGAUUUGCUGUUCCAGCUGAAUCUUGGCGUUGGUCGCUCUUUGAGUCUAUCUGGGCCUCUGCCCCCGUCUUCAUUGUAAUGCUCCUUUUCCUUCCCGAGACCAGCACCCCGACCAUCCUGCUGCGACGUGCCCAGCGCCUUCGCAAAAUCUACAACAAUGAGCGCUUCCUGUCUCAAUCCGAGAUCGACCAGAAGAACAUGCGCGUUUCGGAUGUCGCCGUGGAUGCUCUGAUCAAGCCCAUGGAGAUUACAAUCAAAGAUCCUGCCGUUCUUUUCGUCCAGAUAUACACUGCCAUCAUCUACGGCAUUUACUACUCAUUCUUCGAAGUCUUCCCCCUGGUCUAUCCCGUCGACUACAACAUGAAUCUCGGCCAAGUCGGCCUAGUCUUCCUUUGCAUCUUGGUAUCUUGCAUCUUGGCCGUUGCCAUCUAUUUUUCAUACCUGUAUUUCUGGAUGAACCCCCGCAUCGCACGUCUCGGGUGGCCGGUCCAAGAAGCCCGCUUGCUCCCCGCUCUUCCGGCUUCCUUCGGUCCCACAAUCGGCCUCUUCCUCUUUGCCUGGACGGCCCGAGCCUCCAUUCACUGGAUCGUACCAACGAUCGGUAUCACCAUCUACGGUGCCACCGUGUUCAUUGUCAUGCAGUGUGUUUUCGUGUAUAUUCCUCUCUCUUACCCGAAGUACGCUGCCAGUCUAUUCGCAGCCAAUGAUUUUUUCCGGAGCGCACUGGCCUGUGGCAGUGUUAUGUUUGCCCACCCGCUAUUUGGCAAUUUAGGGGUUGCGAGGGGUACUAGUCUUCUUGGUGGACUGAGUGUGAUUGGCAUUGUUGGUAUCUGGCUACUUUACUUCUACGGCUCGAGGCUUCGGGCAUUGAGUAAGUUUGCCAUUUCUGCGGAGGAAUGA